GAAAAAUAAAUUACUAACGCAUAGUAAUCGAACGGUUGACAAUCCAUCAUCUUCAAAUCGAGCCGGGCCUUAGUAUUCCUUUUCGCCUUUCGGCUGCAUCGGAUCAGAGAAUCAAUCGCGACUUUCAAAUUAUCUUUGGAUGUCUCUCGGAUCAGAAGAAACUCUUCAUUCAUGGGAUUUGGACAAAGAAGGUGGGAAAGCAGACAGCUCAGUUGAAGAAAAAACAGCUGAACGAGAAGGAAGCGAAAUCUUAGAACCGUAUGUGGGUAUGGAAUUUGAAUCUGAAGAUGAUGCUAAGAAAUACUACAUAGAGUAUGCCAGACGGAUAGGAUUUAUGGUGCGAAUUAUGCAGCGUCGUCGUUCGGGGAUUGAUGGAAGAACACUUGCUCGUCGUCUAGGAUGCAACAAACAGGGUUUCUCUCCUAAUCAUAAGGGCACACUAGGACAAGAGAAAAAGCCACGUCCUAGUGCACGAGAAGGUUGCAAGGCAACUAUUUUGGUUAAGAUGGAAAAGACUGGAAAAUGGGUUGUUACAAGAUUUGAAAAGGAGCAUAAUCAUCCCCUUAUGAUCACAGCCAAUGGAUUCAAUACCACGGGUGAUAAGGACAAGAAAAUUGAAGAACUCACGAUGGAGUUAGCGCAUCAAGAGCAAUUAUGUUCAGCUUAUCGAGAAAAGUUGUUUGCGUUCAUUAACAAUGUUGAGAAGCAAACAGAAGAACUAUCUUCAAAGAUUGAAGUUAUAGUAGACAAUGUUAGGAAACUCGAAGCUGAAAGGCAGAGAUUUACGCACCGUAGCGCAGGUAGCCUUGGUAUUUAACUUGACCAAUUAAUGAUAUGAUUAGAUUUGUAUAUUUGGUUUCUUGGAAGCCUUUAAUCAUGUACAAAAUUCUUUAGGAUCAUUUUGUUAUAGUCAAGAUGCUUAACAUUUGACAUUGUGCAAUGAAACUAAAAAGCGUCUUGUUAGAUGAAA